AUGUCAUCUGCUGCGGAGAAGGAGCUCAACAAGGCGCCCGCCGAUCGCCAGGGUCCUAUGAUUCCCAACGAUGGCGCUUCCACAGGGGAAACAGAGACAAGGAUAGACGAGCCCCAGCUACAAGCGCAGCCCGUGAACGGGGACUCCCCUGGGCGCUCCGCUACGGCAAGUCGAUCACCUAAACAGCAUCGUACCUGUGUAGGAAGGAGGGUAACAGCACGCCCAUCGCCGCACCAAUCUUCCAAUUCUCUAAACUGGCUCAGCAGUCAAAUCAAUAGCCUUAGCUUUGACACGGUUAUUCAAGGCGAUGAUGACCCCGAAAUCCGGCACCAUAGCAGCGACGAAAACCUAUAUGCCCAACGUUCGCUGCUCGCGCAAGUCCUCGACUGGCUACAACAGGAGAAAGCCAAGUCUGUAGCGCGUGCCUCAAAGAGAACUGGCGGGUCGCAGGGCCCCUUACCAGGUAUAACCACUGGAGAGACAGCCUCAGCCUUAACUCGAGAGAGAAGCGACUCCCAAGCGUCGGAGGGAAUGUUAGCCCUGGAGAAGUUGGAGCAGAUAUUAGCCCAAUAUGCGGCUACUGGGAAAGAGGGCAUUUCAUCUUCACGGAUCGGACGUAAGAGAUCGUCUUCUCUCAAACUCCGAGCUAGCAUUAGAGGUUUAAAACAGGGUUCAACAUCCGAUUCAGAUUAUUCAGAUGCUGAUCUACCACCCCCCAGUGCCGAUGUUGUCCUUGACAACUCCAAAACCGUUUUUUAUGGCGGAAGCGAAGCAGAUAGUGAUUUCGGAAACAAGAAUUCGUCAAACGGCGUAUCCACUAAGAGCAAAGAACAUUGGUUGAAGUUUAAAUAUGAGAUCGUGCGCUUGACACACACGCUAAGCUUCAAGGGCUGGAGAAGAAUUCCCCUGGAAGACUGUGGUAACAUUGAAGUGGUUCGCCUCAGCGGAGCGUUAACAAAUGCUGUAUAUGUUGUCUCUCCGCCAAAACAAUUGCCGCCUCCAUCUGAUUCGAGUACUUCGAGCUCAUUGAUGCCUAGAAGCCCUCCCCCACAACUCCUUCUGCGCAUCUAUGGGCCCCAAGUGGAACACUUGAUCGAUCGGGAGAGCGAACUCCAGAUUCUGCGCCGUCUGGGGAAACGGAAUAUCGGCCCCCGGGUCCUUGGGACGUUCAAAAAUGGCCGCUUCGAACAGUAUUUCCGUGCAAAAACCCUCACGCCUAGAGACAUCCGCAACCCAGAAACUUCCGAGCAAAUCGCUAAGCGGAUGCGGGAACUGCAUGAAGGGAUCGAACUGCUCUCAGAAGAAAGGGAAGGUGGUCCAUUUUUGUGGAAGAACUGGGACAAAUGGCUAGAGCGGUGCGAACAUGUUGCCUCGUGGCUGGAUAGCGAAAUCAACUCUCCGCUCAACGAGUCCAAGGUCGAAGCAGAACCGUGGCGACGACUUGGUUUUAUAUGCGGUGCCCCAUGGCCAAAGUUCCGGAAAUUGGUUGAAUCUUAUCGCAAUUGGUUGGAUACAUGCUAUGGCGGGGCAUCUGAAAUUAACAAGCAGCUUGUGUUCGCUCAUAACGACACGGAGUGGUGCUAUAACUACCAUGAUCCAGAAAGACCAUGGGCCUGCAAUACGAAAUGGUAUCCUACCCCGGAAGAACAGGAACGAUUCAUUCGCGCAUAUCUCACACAUCGACCACACAUCUUCCACCCACCAGAAACCCGCGGUUCCCAGUCCGCGCUCAGCUCCGCGACAGUUUCGGUGAGUGCAUCUUCAAGCCCAGCACCAACUCCAGCAUUCCAAGCGUCGCAUUCCAAUAGUCCUCGGAUAUCUCCUUUCACGCUGGACACCCAAGUCCCGCCGAUCCCAACCUCGUCUGCCCUGGAUCACGAGAGAGCCGAGCAAGCACUCGACUUGGAAGUUCGACGUCUUCUCCGCGAAACUCGUCUUUGGCGUGCAGCAAAUUCCGCACAAUGGGUAGCGUGGGGGAUCGUCCAGGCUAAGAUCUCGGGGAUGGAAGAAGCACACUCUCCCUUGUCUGCUGCUUCUGAGGAACAGCCAGUCCUAGGAAAAGAAGAAGGAGAAACACCAGCGGGUGAUACUACUGAAUUGGAUUGCAAGAGAGAGCAACCCAGUGACACGGUUAAUGAACCUGCGGGCGAGUUUGAUUAUCUUGCCUAUGCUCAGGAUCGGGCACUCUUUUUCUGGGCGGAUAUUUUAUCGCUCGGGCUUAUAAAAGAGGGCGACCUCCCCGCUGACAUGGCUGGGCGAAUCAAGGGGCAUAUUAUUGGGUAUUGA